AUGGAACACCGCGUCGGCGCCGUCGUGACGAGGCUCUGUCUGGCACAACGCUGGUCAGCCGGUUGGUGGUGGAACGUCGCAUCGGCAUCGUCGAGACGAGGCUCCGCCUGGUACGCCGUUGAUCAGCCGGUGGGAUGGAUCUCCGAAUUGGCACCGUCGACACGCGCCCAUCUGGUGCACCGUAGGAGACCGCAGGCUUGCGGCAAUGCCGUAAGCCAUUGGCAAAUUCGAGUCGUUCUUCCACUGCCAAAAAAACUCGUGGCCCACAGUGGAGUUCGGCCGCGCCGGCACAUCAAGCAGCCCCUAUUCAGGGGUCAGGGCACUGCAUCCUUCGGGGGGGCUUGGAAAAGCUGGCCUAAAAAUUGCUGGGGAACCACGUCGUCUGCUGGCGCACCGUGGUCGCAGACGCAAAACUCACGGUCGAAACAAUCAAAAUCGAAACAACAACAACAAUACCAAUAACAACAACAACCAUACUCAUUCUCCUCAUCCUACCUCUUCUUCCUCUUCCUCUGCCUAUACUUCUCCUUCGUCACCUUCUUCUCCAUCCCCUUGCCGUCGCCCCACCCGUUGUCACCAGACUGGCAGGGUGAGCCCACUCACUCUGGCAGCCUGGAAUGUUCGUUCCCUUUUAGACAAUCCGAGGAGCCACCGACCGGAACGGAGGAGGGCGCUAGUGGCCCGGGAACUGGCGCGCUACAGGGUGGACAUCGCCGCACUCAGCGAAACCCGAUUCUCCGAACAUGGCCAACUGGAGGAGGUAGGUGCCGCCACACCUUCUUCUGGAGUAGGCGGCCCAGAGCAGAGCGACGAGACUCGGGUGUCGCCUUCGCCAUUCGGAACGACAUCGUGGGACGACUGCCCUGUUUGCCGCAGGGCAUCAACGAUCGCCUGAUGAGCCUCCGUCUGCCUCUCUGGGGAGGCAAAUUCGCCACCAUCAUCAGCGCCUACGCUCCGCCGAUGACCAGCCCCGACCCCGCCGCAAGAGACAAAUUCUACGAGGACCUGCACGCCCUCUUGGCGACUGUGUCGAAGGCGGACAAGUUGAUUGUCCUUGGUGACUUCAAAGCCCGCGUAAGCACAGACCAGACUGUCUGGAGAGGAGUGCUGGGUCCCCAUGGUCUCCGCGGCUCAAACGACAAUGAUCUGCUGCUGCUCCGCACCUGCGCAGAACACCGCCUCAUCCUGACGAACACCUUCUUCUGUCUGCCGGAGCGAGAGAAGGCCACCUGGAGGCAUCCUCGGUCGCGCCAGUGGCACCUGCUGGACUAUGUCCUCGUCCGGAGGCGAGACCAGCGGGACGUGCUGGUGGCAAGGGCGAUUGCGGUCGCUGACGGGUGGACCGACCAUCGCCUCGUCAUCUCGAAGAUGCGUAUUCGCCUACAGCCUCGUAGGAGACCACAAGGUAAGCGACCCCCAGGUACACUGAAUAUUGCCUUGUUUUCUAUGCCCGCUCACCAUCUCCAUUUCAGCAAUGAGCUAGCUCAACGGCUAGACAACCUUCCUAUCGCUGCCGCUGCCGCCGCCGAUGCUGACGCUACCGAGAACGCCUCCGUGGAGAACCGCUGGUGUCAACUGCGAGACACGGUCCAGGCGACGGCGCUCGCCGUCCUCGGUCGCGCUCCCCGCCAACACCAGGACUGGUUCGACGACAACGACGCCGCCAUCACAAAUCUGCUUGCUGAGAAGAACCGCCUACACAAAGCCUACGCAGAGCACCCCACUGAUGCCACCAAAGCUGCCUUCUACCGCAGUCGCCGCCAACUUCAGCAACGACUGCGCGAGAUGCAGGACGCCUGGACUGCUCUCACAGCUGAGGAGAUCCAAGGGUACGCGGACCGAAUCGAAUGGAAGAACUUCUUCUUCGCGACCAAAGCUGUCUACGGUCCGCCGACGAAGGGCACUGCUCCUCUCCUCAGCGCCGACGGUAGCACUCUCCUGACUGAGAAGACACCAAUUCUACAGAGAUGGGCCGAGCAUUUCCGAGGCGUCCUCAACCGCCCCUCCGCCAUCUCCGACGUCGCCAUUGCCCGUUUGCCGCAAGUGGAGACCAACGUGGACCUCGACCUCCCGCCUUCUCUCCAGGAAACCAUCAGGGCCGUGCAGCAGCUCUCCAGCGGGAAAGCACCCGGAUCGGACGCAAUCCGUUCUGAGGUCUACAAACACGGAGGUCCCCAACUGAUGGAUCACCUGACUGCGCUCUUCCAGGAGAUGUGGCGCCAAGGGGAAGUCCCACAAGAUUUCCAAGACGCAACCAUCGUGCAUCUCUACAAGCGAAAAGGGAAUCGCCAAAUCGGCGACAAUCACCGUGGCAUCUCCUUGCUGAACAUCGCCGGGAAGAUCUUCGCUCGCAUCCUUCUCAACUGCCUCAAUAACCAUCUGGAACAGGGCCUUCAGCCGGAAAGCCAAUGCGGCUUCCGUCGUCAUCGCGGGACCGUGGAUAUGAUCUUCGCCGCCCGUCAACUUCAGGAGAAGUGUCAGGAGAUGCGAACCCACAUGUACUCUACCUUCGUGGACCUGAAGAAAGCCUUCGACACGGUGAAUCGUGAAGGACUGUGGAAGAUCAUGCAGGCACGUCGACUGAACCACUUUCACCUUAGCUGUCUCCGUCGCAUCCUGAAGCUGAACUGGCAGGAUUGA